GGUUCUUUCUUCUACUUUCAACCGGCAGUUGAAACCACUUUACCGUUGGUGGUAAAAGGGAACCACGUAGCCCUGGGGGCGACACACAAGACGGAGUCGGCAAUCCAGAGGAUUUCUCUUUGUUUUAUUUGUUCAGGCAGAACAAAAGUUUUCGCCAACCGACAGGAAGAAGGUUGUUUUUUCUUUUUUGUUUACACAAACUGCGGACAGGUUUGUUGUUUUACUCAGCUAGCCCAGUGGCUACUCUUUCGUGGAGAAAGGUUGGUUUGGACUGUUCGAGGCCGGACCGAGAGGUAUAUUAAGGGUGGAAUCCCGCACUUGGUUUGUAAAAACAGACAGGUGUUGCAGUUGACGGAGAGCGUGAGCGCACCGACAGUCAGGAUGACGUCUUCCCGCAGGUUUAUGAUUACGUUUGGAGACGUGAGCGGUGAUCCUCCUUCUUUGAAGAAGUGGACUAGUUCUUGGGAGAAAGUGAUGUAUUCCGAGGCGUGGAAGGCAACUGGAUACGAUCGAUGUGCCAUGGAAGGCAUGGAUUGGGGCUGGGUAAGCUCCUCGACGCAGAACGGCGACUUUAACAAGGCAGCGGAGCUGCUUUUCUCCUAUGGAUUCUCCCUUUGUAGGACUCGCUGGGGAGAGUCCAAGUUCUUUCCGGGGCCGUCUCUAGACGGGUGGACUUCGCUGGGCGGUGUAGCCCAGUCAGACAACGAAGUUGUUGUGGAACCGUUCUCCGAGAAGGAGACGUAGUUAGUUUGAAAUGGAAUGAAAUGAUAUAGACUAUUCUACCCUCAGAAGGGUAAAGCCCAAAUAGUAGUUAGGCUGAGCUUAAGUGAUUGACAAUGAACUGUUCACCUCCGGAGGACUGAAGUAGAGAUACGAAAAUUGGGGUAUGGGGCGGAGCCCCGUGACGCCGGAGCGCAGCGUAGGCAGUUCAGAGUGUUCGGAAACACGUUAAUAGAAUGAAGUUAUCGUGAGAUGUUGAUUGACAAUGUUGCUACUGUGAAAAAGUUUUCUUUGGUCGUUGCACUGCGCUGCACUCCACUGCGGUCCGGCUUGACGCCUCCCCUCCGUUGCGCUCCGCUUCGCUUCACUCCGCCCCGGUCCCCGCAUCCCUACGGUACUCCGUACCUUCGUGACUGUAUCGGCCUGAGUGGCCUCUUGCGUUCCGCUUUGCGCUCCACUGCGGUGCUAAAGCACCUGCGUUCUG